ACUAAAUCAAGCCUACGCUCCGAUAUAUCAUGGCACCCAAACCACCACAACCCAUGGACGUCCUAAUCGUCGGCGCUGGCUUUGGCGGAAUCGGCCAAGCCUACUCCCUGCGCAAUCUAGGGCUCUCUAUGAAACUAAUCGACUCCCUUCCCGACGUCGGCGGAACAUGGCUCACGAAUAUCUAUCCCGGCGCCCUGAGUGAUACGGAAAGCUUUGUUUAUCGCUUCUCGUGGGAUGCGGAAGAUUUGCGAACCUAUCCUUGGAGUAGGCGGUAUCUUCGACAGCCUGAGAUCCUGGCGUACUUGAAGCAUUUCGUUGAGAGACAUGACCUUCGCAAGUAUAUGCAGUUCGAUACGGAGCUAUUGUCAGCUCAGUGGGUGGAAGAGUCCGAUGUCUGGGAGGUUAGAGUCAGUACAGGAGAGACCUACUGGGCGCGCUACUUUAUCCCUGCUAUGGGGGUCUUGUCCAAGGCGAAUUUCCCUGCCAUUCCUGGGUUCGAGUCCUUCAAAGGACGGAUUACGCAUACAUCCCAUUGGCCCGCAGACCUGGACGUAACCAACAAACGCAUUGGUGUCCUGGGCUGCGGCGCCAGCGGUGUCCAAGUAAUCACCAAUAUUGCAUCGCACGUCUCGUCGUUAACUGCAUUCAUCCGACACCCGCAGUACACCCUACCCAGCAACGAUAGACCCAUUACCCCAGUAUACAGGACCUGGGUGAACGAGCAUUACGACCAAAUCUGGGCACAGCUCAAAGCCUCCUUUGCCGGCUUUGGCUACGUCGAGUCUAAUCGUCCAUUUUUCUCCGUGGAUCCUGGCCGUCGCGAACAACUCCUUGAAGACCUCUGGAAUAACGGCAACGGACUUCGUUUCAUGGUCGAGCAUUUCUGCGACAUAAUUACCGACGCGGACGCCAAUAAUUCGGUAUGUGACUUCAUCCGCAGGAAGAUCCACCAAAUCGUGAAGGACUCAGAAAAGGCGCGCAAACUCAUUCCCAACGAGCGCUUCGCGAGACGGCCCAUCUCCAAUGACGGAUACUACGAGACCUUCAACCGGGAAAACGUGUCCAUCGUGGAUCUAAAAGAGACCCCGGUCGAGGAAAUCACACCCGAUAGUAUACGAACCGCAGACGGAACCUGUCACAUCCUCGAUAUAAUUGUCCUCGCUACUGGCUUCGAUGCCGUCGAAGGCAAUCUCCUCCGCGUGAAUAUCGCUGGUCGCGACGGCAGGUCACUCAAGGAUACAUGGGCAGAAGGUCCAAAGUCCUACCUUGGUAGCUUCGCAGCUGGAUUCCCGAAUAUGUUCAUGGUGAAUGGGCCGAAGGGUGUUUUUGGGAAUGUGAUUCCGGCAAUCGAGGCUAGUAUUGAGUUUAUCACGAAUGCUGUCCAGCGUGCUGAGAGUGCCAAGGAGAAGCAUGGCUCGAGGGGGGUUGUGGAAGCUACAUUUCAGGCGGAGAGUGGGUGGGGCGAGAGGUGUGAGCAGGCUGCGAAGGGGAGUCUUUUCAGUGAGGUGAAGGAUUCUUGGUUGAGUGGGGGGAAUGUUCCGGAGAAGCCAGUUGGGGUGAGGACGUAUCUCGGUGGGUUGGGUAGUUAUAGGGCCAUGGGGAAUAGUGCUACGAAGGAUACGUGGGAGGGGUUUGUGCCGCUGUAGAGACAGCUCAUUCUUGAUUCAAUCGAUUUGUUUAAGGGACACCUCGCUUGUAUAAGAAUGUAUAUUCGCUCAUAGAUGAAGGC